AUGACUGCGAUCACUGCCACAACCAGCCAUAUGUCGCCCAUCGAGGAACCAAGCCCCGAUGCUCUGGAUGCGGUGGACUACGAUCCAAUUGAGCAUUUGAAUGCCAUUUUCUCCCAUCCGUCCACCCUAUCCUCCGUUUCCCAGGUUUCCAACGCCCUAAACGAAUGCGAAGAUGAGCUCGACGAUGACAUCGGCAUGCUGGUGGAGGAGCAGGUUACCUCCAAUGCCGACAGUGUUGAAAGAAUCCAAGCAGCCAAGGCGGACUUGACGGAGCUGUUUAAAAAGAUCGACGAUGUGCGCGAGCGUGCGUCGAAGACGGAACAGGCGAUCACCGACAUGACAGCCGACAUCAAGCAAUUGGACAAUGCGAAGAAGAACCUGACGUUGUCGAUGACAGCGCUCAAACGGCUACAAAUGCUGACGACGGCAUACGACCAACUACAGGCUCUGAGUCGGACACGGCAAUACGGGGACUGUGCACAGCUGCUCCAGGCUGUCAUUCAGCUCAUGGCCCAUUUCAAGUCGUAUCGAUCGAUUGACCAAAUCGCAAUACUCAGCCGGAACGUGGCGGACAUACAGCGGGAUCUUCAAGAGCAGGUCUGCGAGGACUUUGAGAUAGCGUUCGCGAAGGGUGAAGUGGGCUCGAAGCGCACCAUGCUCGCGGAGGCAUGUCUGGUCGCGGAUGCCCUGGGUGAGCAUGCCCGGUCUCGACUGGUGACCUGGUAUUGCAAUACGCAGCUCCGAGAAUAUAGGCAGGUUUUCCGAAACAACGAGGAGGCCGGUUCUUUGGACAACAUCUCCCGCCGAUAUUCCUGGUUCCGGCGCAUAUUGAAAAUCUACGAUGAAGAGAAUGCGGCCAUCUUCCCGGCAUCGUGGAAGGUGAAUGAGAUCUUGGCCAAUGUCUUCUGUGAAGGCACACGGGACGACUUCAAGGGAAUAUUGUCUCGGUCUGUCCGCAGUGGACAGACAAUUGAUGUCAACUUGCUACUUUCUUGCUUGCAAGAGACGCUGGAAUUCGAACAUUCUCUCGACCGUCGCUUCUCUCCGGCCUCACGUGCAUCGACUGAUACAUUUGCCUCGGCUGAGCCGCCUGUGUUCAACCAGUCAAUCUCAGAGGCCUUUGAGCCAUAUCUCAGUGUUUGGGUUGAGGCUCAAGACAAGCAGCUUGCGGGACUGCUCCCCAAAUACCGUACUCAGCCUCUCAAGGUACCGGAUGAGGAGUUCAAUUCACAUAUCGUCAUUUCAUCGUCCACAGAGCUCUUCACUUUCUACCGCCAUUCUCUACAGCAAUGUGCUAAGCUUUCAACCGGAGUCAGCUUGGCAGAACUGGCCAAAGUCUUUGCCAAAUAUCUGGAUCAAUAUGCCCAGCAGAUUCUACUGAACUACAUUGGUGAGCGACCAAGUGGACACACACCAUCUAGGGUGCCCACGAUUGAAGAAUUGGUAAUUGUGCUCAAUACCGCCGAUUAUUGCUACACGACCUGCAAUCAACUGGAAGAGAAGAUCAGGGGCAGGCUAGAUGAGAACUUGAAGCAAUCCGUGGAUCUGCAAAGUCAAGCAGAUUCCUUUAUGGGAAUUGCGUCUGCUGCUGUGCGAGGCCUUGUGCGGAAGGUCGAGGUUGAUAUUGAGCCCUCAUGGCGCGAAAUGCGCAACACACCGUGGGCCAAGAUCGAGGCGGUUAGUGAUCAGAGCUCAUACGUGGCUGAAAUGCUAUCUCGGACGAAGGAGAAGUCAUCCGAGAUAUUACAGCUCUUGCACAAACAACAAUAUGCGCGUGCUUUCUCUGAUCAUUUAGUGGAGCUCAUCUCAAGUCAAUUCAUUGGCAACGUGUUCCAAUGCAAGCCCGUCCCAGAGACAGGAGCCGAGCAAAUGCUUCUUGACUCAUACACCCUCAAGAGUGGCCUUUCGUCUCUCCUCCCUGCUCCAGCGCCGGCCGGCUUUGUCAAGCGUGUGAACAUCAGCUUUUCCAAGAUCGAGACCCUCCUCAAAACCCUCCAAGUCCGACCAUCACCCCCAGAGGCUCUUGUCCAAGCCUACCUCAUCCACAUUGCCGACAGCAACAACAACAACUUCCGCAAAAUCCUCGAUCUCAAAGGCAUCCGCAACCGCCAGGAACAGAACCACCUCGUCGAGCUCUUCCAGCUCCACCGCGCAUCAGACCGCUACGCUUCGAGUCUCCAGCCAAGCAAUCCCAUCCUCGCUGCUCUCCAAGGCCCAUCAACCACCACCGCCGGCACCGGCUCGGUAUCCCAGGGUCUCAGUCUCGGCAGUGCCGCGACAGCCAUGCCCUCCCGAUUUGACGCCUCGAUGCUCGGCUCAGCCAUCAUGUCCGCUGCCAAAGACGGGGUUGACCGCUUCGGAAAUCCGAGCCUAAGCAACCUGGGCUCAACUGUGGCCGGAGCAACCGGGGUCGCCUCGUCCGUAUCUGGCAUGACCAGCCCGUCCGGUGCCUCUUCCCCUGCCCCCAUGGGCUCCACCCUUCAACCUAAUCAUGCGCAAACGCCGUCGGAAAGCGGAACAGGGAAUCUCAAUGAUAAUCUGAGAAACAUUGGUAAAUUCUUCCGCCGUGAUCUCGGUGGCUUUGGAGGUCGGUUCGGACGAAGCACCGAGGAUGGAGCGUAA